UGGACAAAGCCUGCCCAUCAGGAAGCAACAGUAAAGUAUUUCAAGCUAUGUCGUGCUCAGGAAGAGAUUGCACGGCUUAAUGUUGAAGUCCGUCGACUACGCACAGCAAUUCACGACGAAGCCAUCAAAAUGACGACAGUCAUUACUGAACUUUUGGUUUCGAAUCCUCCACUAGGUCAUGAGCUACAAUGGCAAUGGAAAGCACGCGAAGCCGUCAAUGCUGUGCAUACCUUUUGGUUGGAUCAGAUCACGCUUGAACCAGGUUUCUCAGGU